UAUGAAAUAGUUUCAGCUUACUUCGGCCACGGAUGUGGAGCGAUAAGGAGCGACCCGGUGGGAAAUGCAGAAGUGGUAGGGAAUACCCAAACUGGAUGGGCUCUCUCGACAAAAUAUCUUGAAAUGUAGGCUAAGUUUUUACACGUAUUCACAUGCUGAGGUUGUUGUAAUAGCUGGGUUUUUUUCGUUAUUGUUUUUUUUUUACUAUUGAGAACAAACAAUGUCUCAAAGAGUGAGAAGAAACGGGUCUCCGACCUCGAGCUGUUUGUCUAUACCGAGCAGCGCAACCGGUGGUGAAGUCGGCGCUACAACUGGCUGCUCGGGAGCUGCGGGAGGCAGUUCAGGAAUGAGUGUGUUCAGUCGCCUCCUGCCCAUGAAAGCGACGGUUCCGUUCCAGCUGAAACCGCAGAUACAGCCCCCCCUGCUGACCAGGUCCGUGCAGGUUACGGCUAGUGGAGGCAGCAGCCCCACGCACACCAACACCGGGAACGGGACAUUCCACAGUAGCGGAUGCAGCGCCAGCGACGCACCUGAAACGCGCACGUCGACGUCAUUGAGUCGCAGCCCCACUCGUGCUGUUGUCAACUCAUCAUCAUCAACAGCUGUUGUUGUUCUGGUCUCCUCGCCAGCCAGCAUCCCUCUGUCCUCUCCUUCUGUGUCUCCUUCCUCCUGCACGGUGGGACGGGUACAGGCCAGGACAGGCUCACCCUCCUCCCCAUCCGCCAGAGCCAACCCCCCCGCCAACACCACCAUAUCUGGUCACCCUGUUGCUGCAUCAGGGUCCAACAACGCCACAUUCCGAGCCGCUCAAACACAAUCCCCUCUUCCUCCCGUAGCAGCGUCACCUCCACAAUAUGUAACUUUCCCAGUGAUCUCACCUGCACCUCACGUCAACAUUCACACCUACGGAUCUAGUAGCAGCAGUCUGGGUGUCCCCCCUGUUUACACCGCAGAUGGCUCCCCCUGCUACUCCCCCGUCCAGCAGCUACCCUGGCCGGCAGACAACCCGAUCCUGACGACCUCUCUACAUCUACAGCCUUUCUCGGCUUCUCUUCCAUCUUCCUCCUCUUUGUCAUCUUGUGGCGGUCAGCAGGGCAGAGCGGUGCCCCUGGCUGCGCCACAGCGCUGGUCCCCCGGCCUGGAACAGGACCGACUGUCUCCUGAGAGAGUCAGCCCCGGCUCGCCUGAUGCAGAGAGACCCAGACCUCCUCCCCUAGCCGGUAGCAGUAUCCUCCGCACCUCCUCCCUGGAUCUUCUCCUGACUGGACCCUAUCUGACCGGUCACUGGCCUCGGGAAACCAGCCACGCCCCAUGUCAACCCUGCACGAGGGACAAAGCCACUCAGACCCCCAGUGCCUGGGCAGAGGAGUGUGUGGAGAAGAGGAGGGCUUCUCACCAACGUUCAGCCUCCUGGGGAAGCAGUGACCAGCUUAAAGAGAUUGCUAAGCUGAGGCAGCAGCUCCUGCACACUAAGCACAGCAGCCGUCGCCACGGAGACAAGGAACACAGAUCACCGUUCAAUGGGAACCAUGCUGCUAUCCACCAGGCCCCAAUCCCAAAGACUGUCCUGAUUCCCAUCUCCAAGUCCUCCGUGUCUCGGUUCCGGAACAGUGUGGAGGGGCUGAACCAGGAAAUAGAGAGGAUCAUCAUCUGGGACGAGCUGCGCCCCCACGAUGUCCCCGACGGACGCCGUGCCCCCCCACCACUGUCCCAACGCCCCUCCUCCCCAAUCAUAUCACGGUGCUGCAGUAGCUCCGCCUUCCGCAGCAUCAACACACAGACACCCCAUGGUGGGGGAGGGGCCAGCGGAGGUGUCGUGGUCAGUAACCACAGUAACAGCAGCCGCUCCGAUUCCGUCUCCCCCUCCUUCCUGACUGUCCCCACCGACACGGAGACGACGGGGGAGAGAGGGAGAGACGGAGGGGGAGAGAGCCCCUGGCCUAGUAGUGAUGAGCUGCUAACAGACUGCAGAGAAAAAGACCUCGGGCCCAGCUCCCCACUCCCUAAAUACGCCUCCUCUCCCAAACCCAACAACAGCUACGUGUUCAAACGAGAGCCUCCUGAGGGCUGUGAGAGAGUCAAGGUCUUCACUGAGAAAACACAGUCCAAGCCUCCCCAGCAGGUCCCUUGUCCUCUCCUGAGGUCCAAGCCUCCCCAGCAGGUCCCUCAGUUCCUCACAGGUCCAGACAGGAACAAGGUCAACUUCAUCCCCAACAGUGGCUCGGCCUUCUGCCUCGUCAGCAUCCUCAAGCCCCUCCUCUCCACGACAACCCAGGAACUAAACCUCAAACCCCUCCUCCCCACGAGCAACCAGGAGCUCAGCCUGAAGAGCCCCGGGGCAGGGCCCAACUUUACCUUGUCCCCACUCAGCACGCCUCUUACCGGGGCUUCCCUCAGCCUUUCUUCCCUGACCCUGGAACAGCAGGAGCAGAGGAUCUCCAGAGGGACCAGUACCCUGUCUUCCUCCAGUCAGCCCCCCUGCCUCCCCCUCCCUCAACAACUGGAGAAGACCUAGAGCCUCCAACCCCCACAGGAACCCACCAUCAGACCACCAUAACUAGAGUCCCCUACCAACAGACCAGCUAGAGUCCCCUACCAACAGACCAGCUAGAGUCCCCUACCAACAG